CUCAAGGUUCGAGUCCUCCUUUUUAGACCUCAGCAAGAAAUUCAGCCACGAGCAAUGAAUAUCGCUUCUUCUAAACAAAAAAAUGGACCUGCCGACCUCUCUGAUCAAUUACAGGAUACUCAAACUCGUACAAAGGCGUUAAGUGUUUCUUUAACCGAUGUCGAAAAACAAGCACGGAUGAGAGAGGCGACAAACCUAGCUCCAAGCCCUGACCCAAGGGACCCAGACCUCGUCAACUGGAAUGGGCCUGACGACUUAGAGAAUCCUAAGAAUUGGGAAAUGAAAAAAAAAUGGCUGAUUGUUCUUAUUGUCUCGACCUAUUCGCUCAUCUCGCCAUUGUCCUCUUCUAUGGUCGCCCCGUCCCUAACUGCUAUAGGCAAGGAUCUAGAUAUACCUGCGGGUGUUCAGCAGGCAGUCGCUAUGUCCAUUUUCGUCCUCGCCUACGCUGUAGGUCCCUUAUUCGUCGGGCCAUUAUCCGAGAUCUAUGGUCGCGUGUUGGUUCUGCAAUUAACAAAUCUCCUUUACCUGUUCUUCAAUCUUGGCUGUAGCCUCGCCAAGACUAAAGCCCAAAUCAUCGUUUUUCGGUUUCUCGCCGGGUUGGGCGGCUCCGCUCCACUAGCCAUUGGAGGAGGGGUUGUGUCCGAUCUUUUCAGCGCUGAGCAGCGCGGGCAGGCGAUUUCGAUCUACUCGUUGAUGCCGCUUUUCGGGCCUGCUAUCGGUCCUAUCGCUGGAGCGUUCAUCACGGAGAAUACAACGUGGAGAUGGUCUUUUUACGCAACAACGAUAGCCGACGGCGUGGUCCAGUGCCUAGGUUUUCUCUUUCUCCGGGAGACUUACGCACCCGUCUUGCUCGCCUGGAAACGCGAUAAAUUGAUCAAGACGAGCGGGAACACGAAUUUGCAUACGGCAUUCGAUAUCCAGAACCGCACCACGCUCACCACCCUCCAGAUUGCUUUGACGCGCCCCUUUCGGCUGCUCGGGACGCAGAUCAUCCUGCAAGUGCUUGCAUUAUACUUGACCUUCCUGUACGGACUUAUGUACCUGGUGCUUGUGUCAUUUCCGGAUCUAUUCUCGUCGCCCAAGCCAGAGGGAUACGGAGAGAGCAUCGGAAUUGGUGGUCUGAACUACAUCUCUCUGGGACUAGGUUUCUUCAUCGGCGCACAGGUAGUCGCUCCGUUGCAGGAUAGAAUUUAUAUUGCAUUGAAACGACGGCAUUCAAGCCCUGGACGGCCAGAGUACCGCGUCCCAAUGAUGUUACCUGGUGCCGUGUUAGUUCCUCUGGGUUUAUUCAUCUACGGCUGGACAGCGGAGUACAAGACACACUGGAUAGGGCCUAAUAUCGGAGCAUGCUUGAUAGCCGCUGGUAUCAUGAUUGGAUCCUUGUGCACCCAGGCAUUUCUUGUUGACACCUACACCGUCUAUGCGGCAAGUGCUUUGGGCGCCGCCACGGUUUUGCGCUCACUGGCCGGCUUCGGGUUCCCACUAUUCGCAUCGAGCCUUUACGAUCGCUUGGGCCUGGGCUGGGGUAAUUCGCUGCUCGCAUUCGUGGCGAUCGUUAUCGGCUGGCCGAGCCCUGUCAUACUGUGGUUCUACGGCGAGAAGAUGCGGAUGCGGAGUCCAUUCGCAGCGGGCUAA